UGAUGUGGUUGGAGAAGAACAAAAAGAGUAAUAAUGAUGAGUAGCUUAAACUUAACCCUUGAAAUAUAAGUAACCAAACUAACUUAGUGUAGCCCACACUUUCACUACCAAACAAUGUUUUACAACCUAUGGAUACUACUUCCACCAAACAUAAACUAAAACAACAAAAACAACAACAUCUGAAACAUCUCAAGCACUAUACCCCAUUGUUAAGCCUUACAAGGUCCACAAACUCAAACCCUUUUUCCAUUUUGGUCAUUUGGGUCACCAAAUCUCUUAAAACUUUGUGUUUUAGACUUCAUUUCUCACAUGGGUUUUGCUUGAAAAAGAUUCAGUAUCAUGGUAUAGUGUAUGGUUCUACUACAAUGGAGGGUUUGAGUUUAGCUGACAAGAAUGAAGAAAAUGGUGUUGGUAAAAGAGAAACUUUUUGUGAUUUGAUUGAAGAAAAGGGUUGUGAGAGUAGUUCAAGUUCUGAGUUUUUGUCAUCUGAGAAUGUUGGUAAUGAAGAACAUAGUAUGAGUAGUAGUACUGAAGUGGAUUCAUCUUCAUCACCUUCAUUGGGAUGGAAUGUUAAGGAAAUUUCUGAAUCAGAUUGUAUCAGUGUUCAUGAUAGUGAAGAUGGUAAGAAGAAGCAUUUGGUUGAAAAGGAAUUUGUGAAACAAGUUUCAGCAUUAUCAGAGAUUGAGAUGAUGAAGGAGAGGUUUGCAAAGUUGUUACUUGGAGAAGAUAUGUCAGGUUGUGGAAAUGGGGUCCCUACAGCGUUGGCUAUCUCAAAUGCCAUAACUAAUCUAUGUGCUACUCUAUUUGGACAACUUUGGAGAUUAGAGCCUCUGCGUUCAGAGAAAAAAGCAAUGUGGCGAAGAGAGAUGGAGUGGUUUCUUUCUGUUAGUGAUCAUAUUGUUGAAUUAACGCCUAAUUGGCAGACUUUUCCUGAUGGAAGCAAGCUUGAAGUCAUGACUUGUCGACCACGCUCAGAUCUGUACGUCAAUCUUCCAGCUCUGCGCAAGUUAGAUAACAUGCUUCUUGAAAUUCAAGAUAGUUUUGUCGAUACCGAGUUCUGGUAUGUAGAUCAAGGUGUUAUAGCUCCAGAUGCCGGUACUAGUCCUUCGUCUUUUAGGCAAGCACUUCAGCGACAAGAAGAGAAAUGGUGGCUUCCGGUUCCCCGAGUCCCUCCUUGUGGUCUCCACGAAAAGUCAAGAAAGCAAUUGCAGCACAAGCGUGAUUGCACGAGCCAAAUCUUAAAAGCCGCAAUGGCGAUCAACAGUAUUACUUUAGCCGAAAUGGACAUUCCCGAGUCUUAUCUGGAAUCUCUUCCAAAGAAUGCUAGAAUUAGCUUGGGUGAUGUUAUUCAUCGAUAUAUCACGUCAGAUCAUUUUUCUCCGGAGUGUUUGCUAGCUUGCCUCGAUUUAUCUUCUGAACAUCAAGCUAUAGAGAUCGCAAACCGAGCAGAAGCUUCCAUGUAUAUUUGGCGUAAAAAGACAAAUUCAAAGCCUGCUAGUGUCAGUGGCAGAUCAAGUUCAAGAACAUCAUGGGAAAUGGUCAAGGAUCUAAUGGUUGAUGCAGACAAGAGGGAACUAUUUGCAGAGAGAGCAGAAACCCUUCUUCUUACCUUAAAGCAGCGUUUUCCCGGUCUCCCUCAAACAGCUUUGGAUAUGAGCAAAAUCCAAUAUAACAAGGAUGUUGGAAAAGCCAUUCUAGAGAGCUACUCCCGAGUACUCGAAAGUUUAGCAUUUAACAUGGUGUCGCGAAUCGAUGACGUGCUCUACGUAGAUGACUUGACAAAAAAUUCUGAUCAAUUCUCAUCUCAUUCAAAAGUUGGUGUAAUUACUCGCAAGAGUAUUUCGGUUCCGUACUCAGUACCUGUUCCAACCACUCCAUACAAAUCAGCUUUCGGAACACCGACACGCUCUCCUGCACAUGCGAUCAGCCCUUCAAAGGGAGGAAAAUCUCCACUCCUGAAUAAUGGCAACAAAACUCCUCAGAGAGGUGUAGGGGUGAAGAAAUCGUUGACUGAUUUUCUUAGCAUUGAUGCAAAAGGGAGUAGUUCGAAUGAGAAAUCAGUUUCAGAAUCAAAAACAGUUGAUGAAGUGCAUGCAUGACAAGUUUGAAAGGGCAUUGAUCUUUAGUAGCCUAGGGUUUUAUCAAAUGUUUUUUUUUUUUUUGUUCUUAUUAUGUAUAUUAAUGCAAAGAAUGGAAUAUGCAGAAGGAUUCACUUUUAUUUAGAAUGGAUAGUAUUUUAUUUUAUUUAA